GAUGCGUAAGCUGUUUCCCGGAAGCUGCGGUGCCCUAAUCUUAGUUCUGGUGCUGCUCAUCCCCGAGAGCGGAGCGUGGCGCUCCUUCAAGGUCAUCCUCACUAACGUGGACUUCGAGGCCAACGACAAAAUCGUGGACUUAAAGGUGGACAUGAAGAGCGAGUCGGGGGAGAACAGGCUGAGCAUGGACAUCAGGACGCUCGAGGACGUAGAGGAAGUCCAGCUGGCGGUCGACGUGGGUCUGGAGACGGACAAGGGGAACUACUCGACGCUCAUCAACCGCACGGUCAACUUCUGCCAGCUGAUGAAGCAGCGCAACUCGGACCCGCUGAUGCGCCUGAUCUACGAGGACCUGCUCAAGCACGGGAACCUCUUCAAGGAGUGCCCCAUCCGGAGUGGCACCUACAGCCUGAAAAACUACAAAGUGGACGAGGAGAUGCUGCCCAGCUUCCUGCCGGAGGCCAAGUUCCGGUUCGGGCUGCAGAUCUCGAAGCCCAAGGGCGGGAUGAUCGGACGGUUCGCCAUCUAUGGCCGCAUCGACAAGUCCAAGGGAUUCGACAAUCUCAAGCGGUUCAGCCUUGGCUGA